UUCAGCUAUAGCAGCACUCGCCAUGUCUCUGAUCCUGAUCUCCCUACUGUUGCUGCUGCAGCUGCCUGAAGUUGCAUCUGCUGUGCCUGACAGCAGAUGCCCAACGAAAUGCGGCGACGUGGAGAUCCCUUACCCCUUCGGCAUCGGCGCCAUCAUCGCUAACUGUUCCGGGGAAGGGGAAAAUUGUUUCUUCAACAGUACCGAAACUGCCAUCGGAGCUAACUGUUCCUUGGGAGGAGAUUUCAAUCUAACCUGCAACACCAUGGGAAGUGGACUCAAGAAGCCAUUUUAUUACGAUCUUGAGGUCCUCAAUAUUUCGUUGGCGAUGGGCCAAGUGCGCAUGCUCAACCCCAUAUCCUCGGCGUGCUACAAUCCAAAUUACAACAAUGUCACUGGCACCCGCUGGUCGUUGAAUCUAGAAGAGACCCCAUAUAGGUUCUCUAAUCUCCACAACAAGUUCACUGUCAUCGGCUGCGAUACCCUUGCCUACAUACUCGACUACCACGGGAGCAAUAUUAGCUACUACAGUGGUUGUGUGUCCAUGUGCGAGGAUGAACAGAGCAUCGUCAAUGACUCCUGCUCCGGUAUGGGUUGCUGCCAGACUUCCAUACCCAAGAAUCUCCAAUACUAUGAAGUCAGCUUUGAUGGGAAUUUCAACAACUCGGCUACUUGGAGAUUUAGCAGAUGCAGCUACGCCGCCUUGUUGGAUUCCGAGUGGUUCCCGUUUCAGACAUCUUACAUCACCACGAACCAAUUCAUGCAAAUUAACGGUGAUGGCAGGGUGCCGGUAGUCAUCGACUGGGCCAUUGGAAAUGAGACCUGUGAGGUAGCUAAGCUCAACCUAACCUCUUAUGUCUGCGUCAGCGCUCACAGCGACUGUGUCGACUCCUCUAAUGGUCCUGGUUAUCUUUGCACAUGUUCCAAGGGAUACCAAGGCAAUCCUUACGUCUCCAACGGAGACGGAUGCCAAGACAUCAACGAAUGCAAUCAGUCAAAUUCAUGCUCAGAUGGUGCUAACUGCCAGAACCUUCCCGGUAAUUAUAGUUGUCACUGCCCCAAAGACACGCACGGAAACGCUUACAAUGGAAUAUGCAUCCCGGAUCAGAAGCUUUCCUUGGCGGUGAAGGUGGCUAUAGGUGGUUGCAGUGGUAUAAUCAUUUUGUUACUAUGCGUUAUGUGUCUCUAUAUAGUCUAUCAAAGAAGAAAAUUAGAAGAGAUGAAAAGAAAAUAUUUCAAACAAUACGGAGGUCAUGAAUUAGAGAAAAGGAUGAAGCUGGAAAAAAGCCUCAACAAAUUUAAAAUAUUUGGAAGCAAAGAAUUGGAGAAGGCAACCAAUCAUUUUGAUGACAAAAAUAUUAUUGGGAGAGGAGGAAAUGGAGUUGUGUAUAAAGGAGUUUUGGAAAACCAAGAUGUUGUUGCCAUAAAGAAACCUAAGAUUAUUAACGAGGACUUGAAGAAACAAUUUGGAACAGAGACACUUAUUUUAUCAUAUGUUAACCAUGUCAACAUAGUUAAGCUCUUGGGUUGUUGUUUGGAGAUGGAGAUGCCAUUGCUGGUCUAUGAGUUUGUCCAGAAUGGAACAUUAUUUCAUUUAAUUCAUGAAAAUGAGAACAGAGCUACAACUUUCUUAGAUACUCGAUUGCGGAUUGCUUAUGAAUCUGCUGAUGCUUUGGACUACUUGCACUCAAAAGUUUCACCUCAAAUCAUUCAUGGAGAUGUGAAAUCAUCUAAUAUACUUUUAGAUGUGGAUAACACUGCAAAAAUUUCAGACUUUGGAGCUUCAAAGUUGAUUCCCAAGGGGGAGGAACAAUUUGCUACAUUGUUGCAAUUCACUCAUGGUUAUAUUGAUCCAGAGUGCCUAGUGACAUAUGAGUUGACCUAUAAAAGUGAUGUUUAUAGCUUUGGUGUGGUUCUCUUGGAGCUAUUUACAGGUAAGAAGGCUAUUAAUUUUGAAGAAUCCGAAGAACAAAGGAGUUUGGUGUCGACUUUUACUAUGCUGGAGAAUCAGAAUAGGGUUUCAGAGAUCUUAGACAAUCAAGUGAAAUUGGAAGCCAAUAUAGAAUUUAUUCAAGAACUUACUAAACUUAUCAAACAAUGUUUAAAGUUGAAGGGAGAGGAUAGACCAACUAUGAAGGAGGUGGCCGAGGAGCUAAAUGGAUUAAGAACUCUUAAUCAACACCCGUUCGUAGUGCAACACAAUGUUGAAGAAAUGGAGAGCUUGCUCAGUGGGUUGCCAAAUGAUAAUCGUGCUGAUUCCAAUACUACUUUCAAUAUAGAGAGCAGAUUCACAGGGCAGAGCAAUAUCCAAGAUUGGUUGUAACAUCAAGAAAGAGACAUGAGCUCAAGUUAUGUUGCUACUUUAUUUGUGUGUUUGUUUGCCUACUUAUGUAAUCCUCUAUGUGUUUUCUAGUUUCUAAUCCUUUGCAUUUGUGUGUUUAUUGUCUAAUUUUCUGAAUAAUUU